AUGCAGCUUCUCCAAUCUUCCGUCAUUGCCGCUACUGUCGGCGCUGCGCUGGUCGCCGCAGUCCCUGUGCCCGAGCUUGAAGCCCGCGACUCCUGUACUUUCACCUCCGCUGCCGACGCCAAGUCGGGUAAGACCUCUUGCUCGACCAUCACUCUGAGCAACAUUGAGGUCCCCGCUGGCGAAACCCUUGAUCUGACGGGCCUCAAAGAGGGCACUACUGUCAUUUUUUCGGGUGAAACUACCUUUGGCUACAAGGAGUGGGAGGGCCCUCUCAUUUCCGUCUCUGGCACCAACAUCAAGGUCCAACAGGCCUCUGGUGCCAAGAUUGACGGAGACGGAUCCCGCUGGUGGGAUGGAAAGGGUGGAAAUGGUGGAAAGACCAAGCCCAAGUUCUUUUCUGCCCACAAGCUGGACUCUUCUUCCAUCACCGGCCUCAAGAUCUACAACACCCCCGUCCAGGGCUUCAGCAUCCAGUCGGACAACCUGAACAUCACUGAUGUAACCAUCGAUAACUCCGCUGGUACCGAAGAAGGCCACAACACCGACGCCUUUGACAUCGGCUCUAGCACCUAUAUUAACAUUGACGGUGCCACCGUGUACAACCAGGAUGACUGUCUUGCCAUUAACUCUGGCUCGCACAUCACCUUCACCAACGGCUACUGUGAUGGUGGCCAUGGCCUCUCCAUCGGCUCCGUUGGUGGGCGUAGCGACAAUACUGUCGAAGACGUGACCAUCUCCAACUCUAAGGUUGUAAACUCCCAGAACGGUGUCCGUAUCAAGACCGUCUACGAUGCCACCGGUACUGUCUCCAACGUCAAGUUCGAGGAUAUCACCCUUUCCGGUAUCACCAAGUACGGACUCGUUGUUGAGCAGGAUUACGAGAAUGGCAGCCCCACUGGUACCCCAACCAACGGUAUCAAGGUCUCGGACAUCACCUUCGAGAAGGUUACCGGCACCGUGGAGAGCGACGCUACUAAUAUCUACAUUCUCUGUGGAUCUGGCAGCUGCACUGACUGGACUUGGUCGGGUGUCUCCAUCACCGGUGGUAAGGCUAGCUCCAAGUGCAAGAACGUUCCUACUGGUGCUUCUUGUUAA